AUGGCCACAACACCGGCAGGUCGCAUGCUGUCUCGCCAGCUCCAGCAGAUGCAAUCGGACAGGGACAUCCCUGGGAUUAGCUGUGGGCUUGUGGAUAACAAUAUCUUUGAGUGGGAGGUUAUGCUCAUGAUCUCUGACGAUGUGAAGCUGUAUGGCGGUGGCUUCUUCCGUGCUCGACUUACCUUCCCUCCUGAAUACCCGCAUAUGCCACCGAAGAUGAAAUUCGAGACCCCUCUAUUCCACCCCAACAUCUACCCCCACGGCGAAGUCUGCAUCUCCAUCCUCCAUCCUCCCGAGGAAGAUAAAUAUGGAUACGAGUCUGCCGCUGAGCGCUGGUCCCCUGUACAAACCCCCGAGACAAUCCUGCUCUCCGUCAUUUCUAUGCUCUCUAGCCCGAACGACGAAAGCCCCGCCAAUGUGGAAGCCGCCCGGUUGUGGAGGGAAGAUCCCAAGGAGUUCAAGAAGCGAGUGCGCAAGUGCGUUCGCGAGAGCCUGGGGGAAGAAUAA